UUGAGUAAAUCUGUCAAAACAACCUUUUGAACUGCAAGAUUAUCCCCUUUGAAAAAGCAAAAACAAAGUCAUGAAUGACAUUCUUCACACCGUAAUUUGUCAAGUUGGUAUAUAUUCAUCCGUUACCAUCGGCCGCGUGACACUGUACAUCUGCGCGCGUCCGGCUGUGAGGCCAAAAAAGGCCUCCUGAAAUGUAUUUCAUCUUUCUUCUCAUCACUGGUGCGUUUCUACCUGUUGUACUGCCCUGUUCGGUACCUCCUGGCGCCGUAUUUUAUGGUCCAACGCAGCGGACAAUUCUUGCGCCCAUCGUGUUCCAAGGACGCGUGAUCAACACGACCACAUCGGACUUGCCCACUGGACAAAUCUUUGAUGCUUGCGUUGAAAUCAGAAAGAUCUUUAAAUCACCGUUUGAGAUUCCAACAGUCGUUUGCUUUGGGCAAUUCGGUAUAGAAGAGUUGUGUCUAACAUAUGUAUUUGAAGGCAAUGAGUAUGUUUUCUUCUUGAACGAAGACUUCACAGCGAGAUAUGAUGGCUUUCCUGAGGCGGCCUACCUCGCAACUCAAGAAAUUGUGGCGGCUGUACAAGCUGGUUAUUGCCAGGCGUCUAUCGACCCGAACUGCGGUAAGUAAAAAAAAACUUCGGUUUCUUGAAAUACGUACCUAUUUAUUUAUUUAUAUUUUUUUAUCACCUCAGUUCACACAGAACCGUCACUGUUGUAUUAUUUUUUCAAGUCGAAUUGAGAAAACAUUCUUGUUGAGAAAACAUUUUUUAUUUGAUUUACUUUCGGAUUUUCUAGGCGGCUAUGUUUUGAUUCUUUUUGGCGCGCGCCGCGUCACAUUUUAGUUUCUUUUGGCACCGGAAGUCGGUUCCGACCGACCAGAUGUCAUGCCACUCACGAUUACUAGCGUGAUCCAAUUAUCGAGGUUCUAGUGAAAGGAGAUUUGCACGAUAAAAGUCCGAGGAGGGGACAGAUAUCGCUUGUAAUAGGGUCCGAUAGGGUUAGCUGAUUACAGAGAAUCGUCUAAACCUCUAGCUUAUUAUUGAAACUCCCGAAAGAAUAGCUGAUUUACUAAAAAGUGGCCAAAGGAGCCUUUUACCCCUGCCCUCUGGCCUGUGAAACCCAUAACGAAUUAGCCUCCCAGGCAGACGUUCUUAGGGAUUCGUCACGCGUGGAAGGCGUGUAACGAAUUGCUCGGAAACGUGUGACGAGUUCCCGAGUUUUCCAAUUAUUCUUCCUUUCUUCAUUCGCUGUCUCUUUCCUUGCCAAGCCUCAACUCGAAUGACUUAGUACUCGCGGACUAACUGUAAUGAGAAUUGCUAGGCACACCAUCGACCCAACUCCCGCCCUCUUGUUAUAAACUGGUAAAGAGCGAUACUCGAAGAAAUCACUUGAAUUCAUUUGAAAAACCACACAGAACAACACGCAUUUGUCAUCCAAAAAGGGUUUUUAUUUCUUUCUAAUUUGUUUGCUUCCCUUUAAUUUAAAUUCCACGGACCGUCCUGUUAUAUUUUUUCAGUUUCGUGUGCGGGGAGGGGUCGGGAAGUUGGAGUGUUCAGUUUUUGUUGGAGGUCAGUGACCCUUAAUAUGCUAUCGCUUCACUAGCGCUGUAUUUUUGUUUUGCUUAGUUCGGACAUUUGUUUUUCUUUUUAUGUUAUUCUUGUCAUUUCGACCUAAAAAAAAGUGAAGGAAAUUAAAAACCAAGGAUAUACGAGAGUAAGAUGCAUAUCUUCGAUCCAAGGAUCCCUAACCUUUCCCAUCCCCCAACCCGCGUCCCGUUCCAUGUACUUUGCAACACUUAAUCAUUGAUUAGAUUCAGGAGCGGUGAUAGGCUCCUGUUAUAUUUCAGUUUUCAACCGCGUUGCCAAAGUCCACAGCGUAAAACAAAGUAUAUCAUCCGAUUUAUAAAGUCUACGUGGAUGAUCACAAAGCCGAUAAAGCCUAGUAAGCAAAUAACUAAGGCUCUCCCGGACAUUCUGGACACGCCUUGAAACCCAAGAAUUUAUACAUUUAUACACGAGGUCCAACCCCUUACCAUUUUAUACGUACCAUUUUUGACAGAAAGGGUGCCCUUUUCCGGGACAAAUGAUACCCCUUUCACAUACCUAUUUUAGAACAGUACAUCCCCUCAACUCAUGAAAUCCCUGACUCCUUCCUAUACCUGAAGCCUGAAAAAGAUAUCCCUUUCGGGCGGGGCCUCCCCGUAUAGGCCGUUAGAGGGUGUACCCCCGGAAAUAUUCGCGCCGUAAAAUCCCAGCAAGCUGGUGAACAAUCAACUCUUUAAAAAAUUAUAUUGUGUUUUAUCGGAAGGGGCUUUUUAAGCGGGGCAAGUCUAGGUCUCGAAACUGUUUGUAAUUAUAAGCAGCUUGUCUCGAGUGUUAAUUUUACAAGCGUUUAGAAAUGACAGAGAAGGGUCAUUAAUUUAUUUAACUGUGUUGUUGUCUACACUGGCCACCCAAGGAUAAACUAAGGAAUUUCUUUAACAGGGUGGCCAAGGUUAAGACAUGUACCUGCAUAAACUGUUUUUUUUUGUGUGAAGACGGUAAAACAAUUCUUGUUUUUGUGCGCGGAAACCGAAAAAGGCGGCAACAUCCGUGCGAUCCGAGGCGGUUCUGAAAAGAGAGGUUCAAAAUCGACCCUUUGGCAAUAUGUGUCAUGUAAACCGGAACAUUGAGUAGAAAUUUUUUAACUGAAAAUGGUCCACUACGGUGGUUCAACUCAGUGGAAACUUUUCCGGAAUGAAAGAACUCUUGGCGGCGGUUUUUUUUUUUUUGUUGUUUUGCUUUAUUACAACCAGAAGUAGAAUACACGAACAAUUACGGAAAAUGUUUAUCAAAGCGGUGCUUACUCCGCUCUAAAAAAUUGGUGCUUUUUCCAACGUGGUUUACCCUGGCUCCAGAGGCCCGUUCUCAAAAUACCUAAUAUGAAAUAUUCGUGCUUUCUCUCGGCGCUUCAUUCGUCGUUGACGCGGCUUCGCCGUGAACGAUCAGUAUCGAUAAGAAAAAAGUAUCUGGAACCCAGGGUAACCGUGGUUUCGAUAUGCGCGGAAUGGUGGCAAAGUUUGUUUUGAUUUGGUUUUUUAGCACUUCUAGAGGUGUGUUUGCUAUUUUUUACUCACUCACAACUGUAUAAAUAGAAUACAAUACAAUACAAUAACUUUAUUUAAAGAGGGAAGCGCAAUAACCUGUUACAGUUUUCUAACCUACGGCCCUCAAAAAAAAUAGAUAAAUAGAUAAAUAAAUUUAGAAGACUAAAAACAAAUAAAUUUAUAAAUAUAUAUAUAUACACAAAAGAGACAAUAUUUAAAGUAGAAUAUGAAGGCGAACUUCCGCCUUUUCAUUUUGAUGGGACUAGCGAAAACCUCUUUUCAAAGGGAAUUAUUUAGGAUUGACAGAGCGGAGGUCUUUUAACCCCUUUGUUUCACCCUCAUUGUGAAAGACACGAAACAUAAGUCGGAAACGAUAGUCUAGUCUCAAAUGGACAUGGAGUUGAUUUAUUACUGAGGAUCUUGCUGAUACCUGAGACAAUGCUGAGAAUAUCAGCAGGAAAAAAGUAGCUGAUUACUUUUGGGAUUAUAGCUUCAGAAAAAUUGCCCAAUGAUAUUCAAUCAAAAGUCAAUCUUGAAAGCGAGGACGAACUUACAAAUAAGAAGGGCAGGAUCUAGGGGGAGGGUGCAGGGGGUGCCCCCCCCCCCCCGAGAUGAUCUACAGGUUUUCUGAUACAACUGGUAUUCUGCAAAAAAAAAAACUAUGUGGUUUAUUGGUGUUGAAGUAGAGCAAGAGACGAGUGCACCCCCUCGUAAAAAAAAUCCUGGAUUCGCCCCUGGGAUCCUAAUAAAGGAUCUAAUCAGUCUGGCCAAAAUCUUAGCUGAUUUUGGCUGAGUACUGGGAUUCUCUCACUGAGACUCUCGGGGAAUGAGCUCUUCUCUCGCAUGAUAAAAAAAUUGCGACCAGUGUUAAACGCUAGCUAAAGAGUUUUUUUUUUUCAGUUUUAGGUCAAAAGUAGGGGCUAAACGCUAUCUUUGCCUUGUCACUCAACAAAAUAAUCUUCAGCUGUUUUGCAAUGUGCGUUACAAAUAUCAAAAAAAAAAACACAACUCCGGGGGUAAGGGAGAGCGUAGAGGAAUGUUUGAGUGGAAGCGUGCCUUUAGAACUAUCCUGUGAGAAAGCUCUCCAUUUAGUCGAUAUUGUUAGAAGUCACGGGCAAGCGGCACGAGGAGGCGCGUCAGGUUGACGGUGCGUCAUUUUUCAGCCAAUGGUAUUUCACUUUACCCAGGCGAAGACAAUCCUUCUGUGCUUCUUGUACAUGAUGAUGCCGCGAGCUGUUCUUUUAUUAAGUCCCUCGUGGCCUCGCCGCCCCGUCGGGCGUUCUCACCAUGCUGGCUUCGUUCGCAACUCUACAUGGUUAACAUGAAGAGCUUGCUCGCAGGCUAACACAGAGCUCUUUCUGAAACCCUAAGACCAUAUUAAUCUUUAAAUCGUAUUUUAUAACCUUAUUGUAGUGAAGACAACGAAAAGCCUCUCCAACCUAAUCCCUGACAUCUGAGUGUCAAUUUAUGUUCUAGAGUCUUCUAGAUUAAGCUCUUGACAUAAACGAUAUUUUCCUCGACAGAUAGAUUAUACCAUUUUUGACGUCGGUCACUCUGACAUCAAUGCAAUAUGCAAUUACAUUAACGUCACGCAAGACAAUAGUGCAGCAGCUUUACUGUUUGAGCGAUGAGCGAAAAACUGAAAAAAGGCAACAAAGUUCGCAGUCAUGCAAAGACGAAAUAGCAGAGUUGUUUACCAAAAAAUGAUAACAAGAAUACACAAAAAAUAUUACUCGAUGUAUGUCAAAGUCAACCGCUUGAAAGGGAAUAUUUACAAGAGAAAGACACCCCUAUAUAUAUUCUCUGAAACUUUUGUAUGAUAUGAAAAUUUAUGCUGAUAACAGCGUCGUCAAUAUGCAUUAUUCUUCAUACCAUACUCAGGCUCAUUCAAUAAUUGUUAAUAAAAUUCAUGAAACAGAACAAGAAAGACGGGGACCCUGGAUGCGAUAUUGGCAACAGGACUCCUAACGCCCCCUUCACCCCACCCCGUCCCGUUAUAAAGAACGAGUUUUCCUUUUUCCCUCUUUCCACCGUACAAACAAAAGGAAGUACGUAUUUCCGACUAAAAUGGGAUGGACUGGAUCACUAGCAGCUUAGGACGAUGAAGAGUGGUUAAAUUUAUCUUGGACAUCUUAAAAAAAUAGUCGCAGGGUGUUCUGAGGUUUUGUCACAUGCAUAUCGUCUGCAUUCCGAUUAUUUUUGACUGUCUAGCGGGGUCGUGAUAGCCUAUUUCUUUCAUUUUUCUGCUCUGACAACUCAAAGUGCGCUUCCUUUGCAGAUGAUAAAAGCUGUUCACUUAACUAUAAGUUAAACUGUGUUUGACAACAGCUGAUCAAAAUAGGUACUCGAAACUCCUCGUAAAAUGUCGUAUGAACCUAAUGUUUCCAUUAGAAGGGCUCUCUAAUUAUCCUGAAUUCCAACUCAUUAACCUCACGUCCAGACAUGAAGCCAACAUGAAAUGCGAUUGCCCUGGCUUUAGAUGAAAUUCUUUAAAUUUUGGAAAGUUUUUCCUAAAUCGCCCACUGUUACUGUAUUUUUUAAAGAAUUUUUGGCUCAACCCCAAGAUUGUUCGAUCCUCAAGUCAGUCCCCUUUCUAAUUUGAUAACUGAUCUUAAAGAAACGCGCCACUGACGAAUACGAGAGAACUCGUCGUAAAAAAGUGCAUUGGAGUGAGUGUUUAGCCGCCACACACGGAAAUUACUGACUUUGUGGAAAAUCAUCAGCGACUCUCCAGAAUCGCGACGCAAAAACUUCAGUUACGUGUACUGAGUUCGUUCACAAUCUUGCAAUGAAAUUACAGAUGAGUGCUCGAAAACGGCAUUUUUAGUAUCCGUUUUGUGAACUUACUCCCUCUGGAAACUGUUAACAAAAACAUACCCUACAAAAAAUAUUGUUUUCCUGCUUUAACAGGGUUGUCAUUAAGAGCCGGGGGCCGGGGAUUUUCCCCGGCUCAGUAAGAGAGUGGCCCCCGGCUACUUUUAUUGGAAAAUAGAAGAAAAAUAGAACCAAAAGAAAUCCCUAGCCGUUUGAUUCCCCGCCUACUUGUUGUGUUUACCGGGCAACUUGAAAUCUUAGUGACAACCCUGCCUGCUUUGGAACAGGUUUGCACUGGACCGGGGUUUUGGAGAAGAAUUUUAGACUCGGAGGACCAACAAGCUACCACCUAUCCAAAACAACAAACCUUGCCUGUGAAAGCACCAUAGUUAGAAUCUCUCGUAAACGACCACUUCUUUAAAGCAGCGGCGACCUCUUUCGUAGUUGAUGGUUUUAUAAUUUUUCAUUGUUUUAACUACAGAAUGCAAGGUAUGUUUCUCAUAUUAUGCUACUCAGACUGAGAGCAUAGAGCCUUUUCACACCUAUGACGUCACGUUCGCCUCGUUCGCCAUACAAUAAAAUGGCAUCCAACUAGUCCUGUGGGAAAACGCUUUCUUUUGCCUCAUUACCAUAUGAUCAUCAUUAUCUGAUGAAGCUAAUAAAAUAAAGUCUCUAAAUAUUGAAAGAGCGUAACAAUUUCAGUUAUCUCUGAAAAUUUGAGCCCGGUGUACCGAAAGGUUUGAGAGAAAUUCUCUUUUAAAAACUCGAAAUUUUACAAAGAACGUAUGGCUCAUUAACUUUUUUGCCACCCAGCUAUUUCGAAAUUUUCGAUAGCUGGUAUUUCCUUCAGUAUUGCUUAAAAAAAGCUGAAAAUUGCGCAAAAUACUAAAGUUAAUCAGCUCUUUUAACUUUUGGAAUUAAGUUCGUAUAUACGGCCACAGAUUUUAUGAGUUAAGUUGUAUACAAAUAAGGAAAAAUGUAAACAAUGACGUCAACAAAGAUUCGCCUAUUGUUGUGAUCCAGGGCCGACUUGUUCAAAGCUGGGUUAAGAUAACCCAGGGUUAGUGCGAGAUUUGAAUUCAGAUUUGAAAGCUUAAAAAGCAUUUCAGUUUUAAUUCUUUCUGCUUUCUGUUUACAGGUUGAUGAUUGGAAGCUUUAAAAAUAUCAGAGAAAAUUAUCCAAGAAAAUGCUUUUGAGCACAAGAAAAAGAAAGCAGGGUUAAUUUUAACCCCAGGUUAAGCGCUAAUCGGCCUUCGAACAACUGGGCACAGAAAUUUUGCUACCAUGGUAACGUGACGUCAUACUUCUCCUUUCUAUUUAGAGAAGAUGUAAUCGCUUUCUUUUUUCCCUAGGGACAAAGUACACUGUCCGUAAUAAUGAGAUAUCCGUCAAGCGGGGUUUGACUGUACACACAUCUUCUAAAUAAUGUGUGACCACCUCCAUUUUGGGAGCCAGUUUCAUAUUAACCGAAAUGUUUCAACGUUAUCACAACUUCUUCACAGGUCAAACGUGAAGAUCGUACAUCAUGGUUCUGGUGUGAACGGAAGCUGUGCACCAAUACUGCACCAUUAAGUAAACUAAGUUUGUACGCGCAUGUAAAUCUACGCGUUAACCGCUGUACGCAGGAAAACGGUAUAAUAGUAAUCGGCUCCUGUAAUUCUACAUUUUCAAAUUUGUUAUCCACUCUGAUUUAUCAUCUUCCACGGUUGGACGGAAGCCUUAGACACAUACGUUUGUAUGAGUUUACAAACGCAGACGAAAUCGUGUGGAAUUAAAAGUGUCCAGAGGCCCGUUUCGGGCCCGAAAUUAAAUAUCCCACAGAAAAUCGUGGAUCAUAACUAACAAACCAAUCCAUAUUAUUUUGUGGGCUAACAGUUUUAACAUGUUAUCACUAACACUAUUGAAACCUUUGACCUUGAAUGCAAACAACACAGCGUUCCGGGCCCGUUAAUUAUCGUGACUCUCGAGAAACGGGCUCCAGGACCUCGUUUUUCCUUAAAUUUACCAAACAUAAUAUAGAAGAUCAUGACAGCAAAUAACAAUUACUGUAUGAGGCUGCGUAUGAUGUCAAGACUGAGGCGGAUCGAUAACGCCCUUCGAGAUCUGGACAAUUCUUCAUAUCGUACAAGGGCUACCCAAUUCCAUAAUUGUUUUAUAAUUCAUUAAAAAUAUUUCUAAGCUUGUAACAUCCUUACCUCGAUUCUCGUAGAAUUUCUAUUCGCGAGGCGUAUUGUUAUGUAUUUUUGCUGUCUUUUUUCGUCUCCACGGAACCUGUGAAAUCUUCCGCCAUUUUCUAGAGCACCGAACUGCUGAGUGGCCACGCCGCCAGCGUGACGUCAUUGGCCAUUAAACUCAUUUUUGCACUUAGCCUCGUUUUGAAAGUGAGAGUCUUUGGAACGCGAAAAUGGUCUCUUGUCCAAAUCUAUUUAAUAGUUAAAUUAUUCCAAGUCUUGGAAAUUUGGUUAUUGGUACUCGCUUUUUAUCAAGGUUAAAGGCGUUUCUGGGGAUUCCAACACAGAUGCUUUUACUGGAGCCUUCCACCCCCACACAGCAUGAUUCGAAACCAUCCAAUCAAAAUCACAUCCGGUCAUUGGGUUGUCAGCUUCACGUGUCAAAAAGCUCGCCUAAAAUAAAUCUCACCAUACGGUCUUGCCGAGCUCCUGUGCUUGUGAUGCUACAAUUUCGCUUUUUCUCAAACCUCCAAAGAGGAGCUUUCGAAUAUUUGUAAUGGAAACCUGCCGUUUUUGAGGAAUUAUAACAUGUUUUAGGAAUUGUGCUUAAUGUAAGAUCGCCAACGCUCUGUUUGUAAAUAAACGUGUGCCCGGAAAACUGUAAACUGCUUUUGUUUACAGAGUUACAACAGCGGCGCUCAUUAAUAAGCAGGUUCCUGAGAAUCUGGCAGCUAAAAAGCUGCUGUAGAUCAGGCCGAAAAUCGUCCGAGGGAAAAUCUAAAGUCAACCUAAAGCCUUGGUGCUGUCGGCUAUUCUCAAUACAUGGCUACCUCGCUCUAAUUUUAUUUACAGUAACAAUACCCUUUUAGCGGCAGGAUGCUGUAAAUCAAAACUUAGAUAUCUGAAGCACUGAUAUCGUCUUCUUUGUCCUGGUCUUGUGAAACCAAUACUAGGAAGGCAGAAGCUGGUAUAUGAGGCUUUUCCAUACUCCGAGAACAUCUUUCCUUUUAACUACGAGGCUUUGAAAACACAUUUCUUGCUCGGGUGUUAUUUUUAUUCCCGGAAAGAACUUGAGAGCGCCCUCUAGAGUCUCUUUGAAUUCCUCUCUGCGUCUCUAUCCAUAAAAUUAACACAUGAAAUCAAAACACUCUGCUCGUGUUUACUUGCGGUCGGUGACGUCAGGGCGUAUUGUGUGUUAUCCAAUCACUGCCACAUCCAGAUUCUGGAUGUGUCACACGAUUUGCUGAAUGGUUUUGUGUCAGGCCUUCCUUUCUCUUCUCCCCCUCCCCCUCCCCCAUCAAAAAUCUCCUCUCCUCUAUCCCCUUAGGAAGGCCUGAUACUCAGGCUAAUCAAGAGUCAACCCGAGGAGUUAAGCCCACUAGAAACUGGAUAAUGUUUUUAAUGAGUCAUGGGAGAAUUUAUUGCUUAAGUUCCUGUUUUGAACAUAUUCUCCUCUUUAGAGCAAUAAUGAGGGAAUUUAAAUGCGCUAUUCAGAUUUGACUCUACAGAUUAUAACGCUGCAAAUAUAUUCUUGCUUUGUUACAGAGCCACCAAAGCUUGAAAAUGCCACCUUUGAGUUCGUGAAACGAAUUCAGGAGGGUCGCAGCGCCUCAGUUCAUUGCCGCGCCAUGGGUUCCUUACCCAUAGUAGCAACCUGGUAUAGAGGAGGAGAGCUUGUUUCCUUUGAGAAGCAACAAGGAAAUAUGCUGAAGAUCAAUGAUGCUACCAUGUAUGAUACCGGGCGAUAUUCUUGUGUCUUAAAAAACCCUGCAGGGGAGGCAACUGCGGAAACUUAUGUUCAGAUUAGUAAGUAGCAAUUUGGUCUUUGCAAGAGAGAAUAACUGACUCUUUCCUAGUCGUCUUCAAGUUGUCUCUACUCAUUAAUUAUUUACUAGGUAAAGGCUUGGGUUAUGUGCGCGUCGUCCUUCCCGUCAUCCCCUUCGUUAAAGAGUCCGUUCUAGCCUUCCACGCCAAUUUUAAUGUAAUGAGAGACGACUGGGGACGAGUCAGAGAGAAUAAUGGAACAGAGAGGCUAACUCCCACUCUAGCCGUUGGGAUAUGUGAAUUUCACCAAAGUUAUUUUUAGAUCAACUAAACGCUUGAAUUAAUCGAAAGUUGGUUUUCGGAGAUGUCCGCAAACUUUUAUUCAGUUUUGUCAAGAGAAAAUUCAACAGUCGCAAGAGCUCCUGACAGUUGCCCUUACAAUAUUUUGCAUUUUUUGCUUUGAUGCAGUCGCGCGUGCACUUAGCGAAUCAAGCCGGACACCAAAAACAAAAGAGAAUCCAUACGUAGAGCCUGCGUACGUUUUUAUCCGAUUGUGACGUUUCAAACAAUCGAUUAAAAUUUGCAGACCUCCAAGGAGUUAGACUUCCGUUUAAUUACAACCUCUAAAAAUAACUUCAGUGAAAUUCACAUAUCCCGGCCAAGGCCCUUAGAUUCCUUCUCUGUUCCAUUAUUAGGGACCUUAAGAUGCAAGGACGGCGACGGCAGGUAAAUGGUUGCUUAAAAACUGAAUUCGCGGUUUUUCAAUCUUCAUCGCGAUUUCUCCAUCUCGCUUUCUUUGUCGAAUGUACGCGAACACUCCUGGAGUUGAAUUCCUAAGAGCCUUAUCCAAGUUAAGAAAGAGAAAGAAAAUUUCGUCCUCUAUAAAACAUGAAAUUAGGCAUUUUCACUUCGUAGUCGUGCAAAAACGUCAAAGAAAUGUACAAAAAAGUGUGAUGCACGUGCAAAGUUGUUGUUUUCCUUAUUAAACCUAUUGCUUUUAUGACGUUCUCGUUGCCGUCGCCGUCGUUUGAUCUUAAGGUCCCUAUUCUCUCUUGCUCUUUGUACUUGAUCUGGUACCCAGUUCUUACUCUUAGCCAUGGGAGAUCUGGAUACGAUAUUACAUUGUUGCGGGCGACAAGAGGAGCCAGCAAUCCUAAUCUCCAGGUUCUUAUUACGCAUGCGUCGCAUGUAUGUGGCCAGCAUUCGUUUGGACCACUAAGAAUGAAUGGAAUGCACAAAACGCAAUUGAACGUGCAAAGAUGUUUGCCAACCUAACCUAUUGCUUUUUUGCCGUUCUCGUUGCCGUCGCCGUCGUGGUUGCUUUUAAAGCUCGCUAUUGGCCAAUUUUUUCCCUGACCCUAGAAACAGUCCCAGAAGUCUUUGCGAAAGUUAACUCGUCCCAGUUCCCGUCUCGUUUUCAAACGAAUUCACAUGGCAACUCUGAACUGAAUAUUUUCUUUUCUAAUUGCCUACCAGUCUCCACAGCGUGUGGCGCGUUUGUCGCUGUCUAUGAUGACGCAACAUUCACGAUAGAGAGCCCAGAGUACCCCUGGCCUUACCGGAGGGGAAAAUCAUGUUCAUGGCGACUGUGCCCACCUCAAGGAAAGAGCCUAGAGUUUAAUUUCACCACCUUCGAUUUGCGGACAUUUGACAAUUUGGAAAUCGUUAACGGUAAGUAAAGAAACAAGCUAUCAAAUUUUGCAUGCCUAAUAUCGUACCCAGAUUGGCGUCUGUCUGUCGGAAGGGGGUAGGGGUGGGAGGGAUCUGACCGUACGAGAUGGGGUGCAUGAUUAACGCAAACUUAUCCAGAAAGUGAAGAGUGUCAUCGUAGUUUGGUUUUUAAAAGCUGAAGGCAAAACUUAACAACUAUCAGAAAAUUUUUGGGAUACUCUGCGAAGGUUGUAUGAUCAUUCCAUGCAUGAUUCUUUACCAAAAUGUUCCAAAGAUUAUCGAUGGUUUCCCAAAGGUGCGGAAGUAUUACUUAUCCUCUCCUCCAUUAAGUGUAAAUUAGAUCUAUUGCACUUCAAUUGCCACUAUUCUAUUUAUUGUAAUUGUUUUUCAUUGUGCCGACCACUCCUCCAUAUUUGAACUUUUUCUUUACGAUUUACAUAUUUCAUAUUACGCGCUGUAGAAAAUAUCCAUUGGCCUUUGUUUAUUUUUUAAUUUAUUUUUGUUAUUUUAACGUACAAUAUGAUAUACCUAAUGCAUUUUUGUACCAAUUCAGUGAUGCAUAUGCACGCCUAUCGGCAGAGUGCUCAAUAGCAGGACUAGAGCGCAGUAUAAUCAAGGUUGUCUGGUGUCAACGUGAGAUUUGACUUAGCAUUUUUAUUACUACUUAGUUUCGUACCGCGCGGCAUGUACGGCACUCAGAUAAAAUUGUAUAUAGUAUAUUUUAUUUCACAGGAGUUCAGACUUCAGGAGUAAUCAUCGAUCGUUUAUUGGACCGUACGAAACAGCACUGUCGCAAUACUGAACGAUCGAUGAUUAAUUCUGAAGCCUGAACUCCUGUGAUUAUUAAUAGUCAAUGCUCUUCAAUUAAAUGAAUUGAGCGCUCUACGAAAUACCCAGAACGUUCUACCCAGAAUAUAAGUAUAUUUUAUUUCAAUAUUUUUGCUGGCUGCACAUAUUUCUGUAAAGGUUAUUACGUCUCUCUCUUUAAUUAGCAAUCAAUGAAUGAGGUUGAGUAGGAUAUUAAGAAUUAAGCAGAUCGAGGAGGGUGUUAUCCACCGAGGCCGAAAGUCAAGGUGAAUAACAUACUCCGAGAUUUGCUUAAUUCUUCAUAUCCUACGAAAGCCGAAUUCAUUAAUUGCUUUAUUAUUCGUUCAAAAUAAUUCCUAGUAUAAAAACAUAGCGAAAACAUGCUUACCUGCAUCGAUGUUAAGUGUACGUUUAGGUUUGUCCAGCUCCGCAAAUAUUCUCCAAAUAGCAGUUGUCGCCCUCCGAUUUGUCUUCUUGCUGUUUUUGCCAUGUUUUUAGCAAUUAUUCCGCCUAGUUCCAGCUGUAGUUCUUACUCUUGAAACGAGUAAAAUGUCCGCCAUUUUUUUUUCACAACCAAAACAACUCAACCUCGUCCCCAGGUCUUCUCGGUAACGGUCCCUCAACCUGUAGCGGGCUGCAUUUUUGACGUCAUUUCCUCGUUAAACACAAGAUUCUUCCAAAUUUGGUCAUCAGUAACUGGUUAUGGUGACUUAUGCGUAUGCUUUUAGCCAAUCAGAAUGGGGGAAAUAUUUUGAAUGAAUAAUAAAUAAAGUUAUUGAAUUGUAUUGCAUUGUAUUGUAUAAAUCAUUAAAUAGCAUUAAAUGGCUAGAUAUUGCAAAAUGACAAAAACAAAAGAUUUUUAUCCACGAUAGAUACGUUAUAUUUUACAUGAGUCGAUAGGAAUAUAAACUACUUCAGCUCGCACAAUAAGGUACACUUUAAAGUAAAGAGAACCGAAUAUAUCAGAUUUAUUCUAUAACUUAAUCGACAACGGGGGCAUAGCUCAGUGGUAGAGCAUUCGACUGCAGAUCGAGAGGUCACUGGUUCAAUCCCGGUUGCCCCCUACUUUUUUGGCCUCCUUGCGUUUGAUUUUGUACGCUUUACCUGAGUGGAUUGUAGUUGCAACCCUCCUAUAAGCCCCUAGACCUAGAGCAGUGCAAAGUUUACAAGAAGAAGAAUAAUCAUUCGGGUGGCUCUGGUGCUCUCCCGUUCUUCGGGCCAGUCUAAGAUUCUAGUAAACUACCCACCUAACUAUCCCUCCCUGGCCUAACCCAACAUUUUGCCCGAAGUGAGAAGUUAGUGUUAAUGUUGAGUUUGAGGAGGGGUAGGUGUAUGGCAGCCUAGUCCCUUGGCGUUCUCGGCGCGGUCAAUCCUGGACUCUACCGUGAGCUGUGACGUCUCGGCGGACAACGGGUCAAGAGAGAACGCCUAGGAACUAGGCUGGGUGUAUGGGUAGUUUCUUAGGUGCCCCUGACGCUCCAUUCCAGGAUAAGUGUGGUACUUUGCCCCCCCCCCCCCCCCUUUAGAAACGUAAAAAACGUCAAUUUAUCUUUAUCCUCACAGCUGUUACAAACCACCAGCGUUGCGUGCAGGUUAGAUUCGUUGUUAACGUGACUGUUGACUACCAGCUAAAGAGAUAUGGCUCAAACUUUUCUUAAUUUUUUUUUCUGCUUUUGUUUUCAAUAGAGUGUGAUCAACACAGACACCCUUGGCGUCGUUUUUGCGGCUCCAGAGUCUCCCCAGGUUCUUUCGUGUCUCGCUGUAACUCCACCUGUGUCCAGAUAUUUUUAGACUCUGGUAUCUCACGUAAUAGAAUAGCACGUGGUUUCCAAGCCACAGUGAAGGCUACGGAAAAAGGUAAUUAACAAACGUCCCUGCUUUAUGGCUAGUGCCUUACGCAUGCGCACACCUGCAUCACCCCUGGAGUGGUAGGCAUGGAAAGCUGUUGCGUUGCUAAUAGGAAUCACGUAGCCUGCGUGGCUUGCGGUUUGUUUGGCGAGAGGGUAAACAUGUGGCGAACCUGUGAAUGCGUUCGCGAAUGAGCGGCAAAGCUUCUCGUUGUUUCCGCCCCAUUCUCUACGCGGCUUCGCCUUUUAUCGGCGUGCUCGACAGACAAAAACGCCAGCUAUGCAGGCUAGGAAUCACGAUCAAUUCGGCAUAGCUCCAGGUGUGUAAGGCUCUUGCAAAAAGAAUACGGUUUUUUUGUGUUUUGUUGAGACUUUGACUGAAGGUUCGGUUGAGGGAUUUGUCCAUUAGGGAAAGUCAGCUGCAGCACGUUAGGGUCAGCGGCUACCGAUAGACUAAACUGACGAAUCAGCAUACUUUACUAUAGCGAAGCUACAAUUUUUCACCCUGAUUUAGAAAGAGAAAGUUAAUUGAUAUUUUUUAAGAAAGGUGAAUCAAAAGCUGAAUCCAAUAAUUGCUAGAUAUUAAUUCAUUUUGUUGUUGUGAUUAUUUUUUUUUUUACAGAGGGCACAGGCUUCAAUGUCAGUGAGAUAUUCUGUAACAGUAAUUUAGGUACGUUGACUGUUCUGAUAGGAUAAUUGAUCUGUUGUAAAUUAUUCGAAACAAUAGUCGCAAUACUUGGUAGAUCUGUCGUCAUUUGUCAGUGAUAAUCCUUCCAAUUUUUAAUACUUCUAUAGACUGCAAAACAGCCGCGGUUUUUUGUCUCAAAAUUGGGUUUACAGGGCGCGAAGCGCCGGAGUGAUAUUUUCGCGCGAAGCGCGUGGGCGUCACAAGCCCGUAGGGCGUGUGGCGAGAGAAAUUUUUCUCGUCCCUCCCCAGUCUCACUCUCCGUUUCCACCCUCACUCCAGACAUUUCCUUUGACCGCUCGAGCGCGCGUUCUUAAACCUAGGCAAAAAUGCCGGCUGCUUUGCAGUCUAAUACCUAUCGCAAUUUGUAAAAUUCUUUCCUGAUUUAAUUACGAUCCCGACAGAAUCAUAAAUGACGACGAAGGUAUCACAAAAUUGCGGCAGGUAUUACAAGUAUUCAAUUUUUUAGUGUGGGGCGGCACCUCAACUCCCCCCCCGUAUGAGUAGGUUUAAUGACCGAAUCAAGAAUAAUGUCAAUGUUACUUUUUUAUUAUUAUUUUAUUUUGUAGUUAUCAAAGCCAGAGUGGCGGUAAUGUUCUCCUCAUAUCUGCAAGUCAACGUAGCGGUUCUUGAAAUCUUCAAGCAAGCUGGACCUACGUUCAUUGAAAAAGGCCAAGAAAUCAUCAUAAAACACGAGUAAGCCCUCAAUUCAGUUUAGUUGUUAUUGUUGCCUAUGAUCGGCCCUAUAAAAGAUCUCUGGAAAAAACCUUCGCGCCUAAGUCAGUACUUUUCUUCCGAGUGCAACGCUCAUAUAUAAGUGCUAGCGCUUCCCACAGAUCCCUAUUACCAAAUUAGCCAAAAAUAGAUUUUGUACGCAGUUUUUGCUUUGCAGGACUUUGAACCAGCUUAAAAAAACUUGCAAUGUCUACUUGCAACGCCGUGCUGGGCUUAAGACCGUCAUACAAGCUUUUCUGCGCUAAUUGACUGAGAGUCCUUUGGAGCGAAAAAUGACUCUACAAAAUAGAACGAAAAAUAGAUGCGCCUAUUUAACUGAAGGUUCAUUCCUGAGAAAUGGGCUUCAGUUUGUACCAUUUGUUUCGUUGCACCUGCAAUGAGUGGUUUCACACUGAUUACAAGACGGAGAAUGGUGGGGCACAGAGGGAGUCUUAGGGCUUUGGCAGGGAUAUGUGAAUUUCAUUAAGUUAUUUUUAGAGGUUGUAAUUAAACGGAAGUCUAAUGCCUGGGAAGUCCGCACUUUUUGAACGAUUGUUUGAAGCGGCAUCAAGUACUUGUGUGUCUGCUUGAAAGCAAACAAUGAAGGAUAUUGUCAUGGCGACUGUUGAAUUCUCUCUUGAAAACACUUAAACAAAGUUUGCGGACCACUCCGGGAACCAACUUCCGAUUAGUUCCAAUCGUUUAAUUAAUUGGUCUAAAAAUAGCUUUGGUAAAAUUCUCAUACCCUAUGGGCUAGACUAAGCGUUUAACUCUCUGUCUCAUUAUUCUGUCUUAGUGAUUACGCUAACUAAAAACUCUCCCCAUCUUGUCUUAUAGCUUUACCAUUACCGACAUGUUUGGAUGCGCGACGAAAAUUAAAGAAGGUGCAGAAUGUUACAUUUUUGCCUCCCUCGCAGAAUUUAUCGAAGACGGUCUGUAUAUAAUGGACUUCGCUGUGGAUCCAGCUUCCACAAGCACUCCAGUCAACUUCGUUCAGCAGUUAAACAGAGUUAAAACAGAUCCUCCUCAAUGUGAUGUAUUGCCAGUAUUUUAG